AUGGCGGAAGCACAAGUGUGGCGUGCUCCAAACCAACUGCUCAAUGUUCCGAACAGGGCUUCGCAGUCAUCUGUACCUCCGCAGGCAGCACAUCCUGCGUACUUCAACAAUAUCCGACAGUGGUCCAAUUCUGUGACCCCACCCCCGACGAAUGGUCGCAUCAAUCCAUCGCGCAAAAGCAAUCGUCCACACCGAGGGAGCACGCUCGCGAGCACACCGCAGACCCAGGCGAGCACGUCGACCUACCAGCCAGCACCACCCGCUCCUACAUUCAACCCUCCACCUCUGGAAAUUUUUCCCAGCUCCUCCCAGUCUACCAUUGCCACAACUCCCCAGGCUCUCCAUUCCACCUAUGCGUCACGCCUCCGCACCGGUGCGACCUUGCUCGUGCAGCCGACCUUGGCGAGCUCGUCUGCCACGGCCGUCGCGACGCGGUCCUCGCGGCGUGGCGGCGUUGUGAAUUAUGCCGACCCAGGCUCGGGGGACGAGUUUCCUGACGCGGGGGCUAUCGACUCUGAUGACUCGGAUUUCGUCGCAAGUGGAGGGACGCGGUCUGCUGUGCGCGCAGCGCGGCUGUCGAGCAAGGCCCCUGCUGGCGCGUCGGUGUUCCAUGCGGGUAGUGUGACGCCUGCCGCGCCUGCUCCCCCGCAACCGCCGCAGCGCGCGGAGUUGGAUCAAAGCUACCUCGGUAUGGUUCCGCCUUCGAGGUAUAUCACUGCAAAGCCUGUAUAUCCCACAAGACAUGACUACUUUCCACCGGAAGCGAUGGAAGCUCAAGCAAAGAGGUCCACCGCUCUGGUGCCCAUCCGGGUGGAGUUUGAGACCGAUACGCACCGUAUCCGAGAUUGUUUCGUGUGGAACCUACAUGAGGACCUGAUCAAACCGGAAGCGUUCGCAAGAACAUUCUGUGUCGACCUUGACCUUCCUCCAAAUCCCUGGGCAGACACCGUCGCGAACCAGAUCCGCGCACAGUUGGAGGAUCAUGAGGGUGUCGCGGCGAUGGAUCUGGGAGCAGAUACCGAAGAGGAGGAGCUGGCUGGAGGCGACGAAGUUGGAGAGUGCCGCGUCAUUCUGAGUAUCGACGUCCAGAUUGCUACGUACCAUCUGCUGGACCACAUCGAAUGGGACCUGCUCUCUCCCCUCACCCCCGAGGCCUUCGCGGUGCAGCUGGGUGCGGAACUCGGUCUGUCGGGGGAGGCCAUACCGCUCAUUGCACAUGCCGUUCACGAAGAACUGGUGAAACACAAACGGGAUGCCAUCGAAUGGGGCGUCAUGGGCGGCGACAACAGGGAGGUCGUCGAGGACCUGUCUGGGGACAAGCCGCGGGACAAGAGUGGGCUGAGCUUGCUGAAGGACAAGACUGGACUCGGACUGGGGUGGGGGCGCACACCCAAGGACGGCAGGGGGCCGAAGGCACUGAAGAGCGUGUGGAGGGAUUGGGCGGAGGCGGAGGAAUUCAAGACGCGGUUUGAGGUGCUGAGCGCGGAGGAGGUAGAGCGCAGGGAGAUUGAGCGAGAGAGGGCCAGUCGUCGGUUGAGGCGCGAGACGUCAAAAUUCCAAUCACAAAUUAUUUCGAAGAGAAGACGGUAG